CUCGACUUUAUGAUUCUGCGCCGAUCCGGUCUUUCCACCAAGCUUCGCGUCGUGAUAAACGAGUUGAUAGCUCGAUUUCUUUCUGUAUGUAGAUCUGAACCUUCCCCACUCUGGCACUCUCCCCUUUCCCACUUCCUAUAUAUACCCACACGCUUCCUUAUCGCAUUUGCUUCAUCUCCAAGAAGAAGAGAAACAAACUACGCAAAGACACACAAGCAGAAGAAGAGUUCAUCAUCCACUUCCCAGCCGGUCAACUUCUAGCCAGUUCCUGCAACGAAGAAAAUUUCAACCAAGCUUCUCCGGCCCAUGGACUACUCUUCAUCGCUGGUCGAUGUAUCUCUAGAUCUCAAUCUCAACCCUCUCCGGCGCAACGACGACCGACCCGCCUCCGCCCUUUCAGUUAAAAAGGAGUGGAGCUUCGGCGUACCUUCAGCUCCGGCUAAUUUCAUGGGACUAGGAAUCAACGUUUCUUCCGUCAAAGAAGAAGAGUCGACGGCGGGGGCUCUGGUGGAGGAACUGAACAGGGUGAGCGCGGAGAACAAGAAAUUGACAGAAAUGUUGACGGUGAUGUGCGAGAACUACACCGCUUUGAGGAACCAAUUAAUGGAUCACAUGGCCAGAAACUCUCAUCCCGCCGACGAGGCGGCGGCGGUGGAGGAAGAGGUCGAGAAGGAACAUAGCCCUUCUUCCCUUUCCCCUGCUUCCUCCAGAAAAAGGAAAUCCGAUAGCACCACCACCAACAACAACGACAAUUACAACCUUCCCUUAGCUACCAACAACAACAAUGGCGCCUCGGAGAGCAGCUCCACCGACGAGGAAUCCUUCAAGCGGCUUCGUGAGGAAGUCAUCAAGGCCAAGAUUUCUAGGGUUUAUGUCCGAACUGAACCGUCGGAUACCGGCCUGAUUGUCAAGGAUGGCUAUCAAUGGAGGAAAUACGGCCAAAAGGUCACAAGGGAUAAUCCUUGCCCACGAGCUUACUUCAAAUGCUCUUUCGCUCCCAGCUGCCCCGUUAAGAAGAAGGUUCAAAGGAGUGUUGAGGAUCAAUCAGUAGUCGUCGCCACUUAUGAAGGAGAGCACAACCAUCCACACCCUUCAACACCCGAGGCAGCAGCAGCAGCAGCAACAGCAAGCUCCAGCGGCCGCGCCCUGGCCAUUGCAGGCUCGCCCUCGCUUGCUGCUGGACCAGCCACCAUGACUCUGGACUUGACUAAAUCGAAGCCCAGCGUGGCCAGUACUAGUGCAAGGAACGUUGUUGCUCCUUCUCCUAAACCUCUAGCAGGAGGAAUUGAUGGUCCAGAGAUUCAACAAUUGUUGGUUGAACAGAUGGCUACUUCACUUACCAAAGACCCAGACUUUACAGCAGCUCUUGCUGCAGCCAUCUCUGGAAGAAUGCUUCAGCGGAACAGUUGUGAAAGGUGGUAGAUAGAUGGUGGAAAUUUUGGAAAGAGUAUUAGUUAUAUUGUGUUUUAGGCUCUUUCUUCUUGCAACUCCAUGGUAAGCAAUGUGUAGAUAAGAUGAUACUAAGUAGUUUUACAGCACAGAAACAGAGUGAUAAAGAAAUGGACAAAUGAGUAUGUUAGAUUCUAUAGUACUUAGGUUUGUAAAGUGUUUUCAAUUGCAGCAUUUGGGGCAUUUUGCUCUGUAGCUUCGUUGCUUUCUCCAUUGCACAGUUUUGAACCGUAUCAAAAUCCAGUUCCCAAGUUCGAUGACAGAAAUAUGCCACUUGCUUGAUGAAGUGUUUGGAUUGAGCUUAAUAGAAGCGUAUGGCUACUAGAGAAUGUGGAAAUGAA